GCAGUCGGCGGUAGUGAGCUUUCAGGUGCCGUGGCGGGAAACUAAAUGCGGUGACGCUGCUCACAGUUCCGAAGGUGAAGGCAUCAUCACAAAAGAAAGCAUGUUGUUGUCAUUGUGGAUUGCCGUAUUGGUUACGCUGCUUACGACGUACAUUUGGCGACGACGAAAACGGUUCCUUUUGUUCAAAGAAUUAGGAAUACCAGGACCGGAGCCGAGUUUCUUUUCUGGCAACACUGCGGAAAUUCUCAGUAAAGGGUCUGUGAAGGCAUUUGAUGAAUGGACGAAGAAGUUUGGGGACAUUGUGGGAUUUUAUAAUGGUGGCACACCAGUUCUAAUUGUGAAAAACACCGAGCUGCUUCGCAAGAUCCAAGUGAAGGAUUUCGGGAACUUUGCUAGUCGUGGUGUGGUGUCUGUGGCAUCGCGUCAUCACCGCAUAGCAAGAACGAGUCUCACCAAUGCACCAAGCGAGCGAUGGAAAGAAAUGCGCAGCCUCAUGACUCCUGCAUUCAAACCAAGCUCCAUGAAAUGUAUGCUUUCACUUGUUCAAAGUUGUGUGGACACCUUCAUGAAGGUAGUGGCGGCCAAGCAGACAGAAGCAGCUUCCAUGGAAGUGCGGGAGCUCUUUCAGAAACUCUCCAUGGACAUCAUCGCGCGUUCCGCAUUCGGCACGGAGACUGGAAUCCAGCAAAGCCGAGGAGGCACGGCUGCUGAUACGCUGCUGGACCUAAUUCAGGACAGACUGGGAGAAUACAAGAACGGAUGGCUCAUGUACUUUGCAAAUUGUUUUCCAGAAUUUUACUACCUCUGGACAUUCUUGUUUUCUCGUGGCAAACACUCCGUGAUGACGCCGACGGACUACAUUAAAAACAACCUGGCUUCACUCAUUGAAGAAAGGAGAGCAAACAAGCAAGCAGAACGCGAGGACCUGUUGCAGCUGAUGUUGAAUGCUGAAGAAGAGGCCGACUCCCUGAUUGAUGUGCAGCAGCUCACCGUGGGGCACGAGGAAGAGGAGGUUGCUUGUGCAUCCCUUGAAAGUGUUCCAGUCAUCCGCAAGCGGCGGUUUAUGACCACAACAGAGAUUCAAUCCAAUGCAGUCAUGUUCCUUGUUGCUGGGUUCGAAACAACUGGCACUACCUUGUCGUUCACGUCGUACCUGCUAGCUAAGCACCCGGACAUCCAAGAGAGAACGAGGAAAGAAAUACUGUCAGUCAUCAAAGAUGAGAAUGGCUUAACAUAUGACAGUUUAAUCAAAAUGCGCUAUUUGGACCAAGUUAUCUCAGAAGCUCUUCGCUACUACCCAGUUGUGGUUGG